AUGAAAGAUACUGAUAUCAAGAGACUAUUGUAUACCCAUCUUUUGUGCAUAUUUUCAAUUAUCCUAAGCAUCUUCAUUCCAACAUUCUUCUUGGAGAACUUCUCAAUAUUGGAAACAUAUUUGACAUGGUUGUGCAUCUGUUCUGUUUUUGUAACUGCCAUCAAUCUAGUAUUAUAUUUAGUAGUGAAACCAAAUGCAUCCUCUAAAAGAAGUUCAUUAUCAUACAAGGUAACCAGGUUUUUGAAACGCUGUAUCUACUUUCUUAUGUCAUGUUUCUUCUUUCAUGUGAUUUUUGUUCUAUAUGGAGCACCACUCAUAGAGUUGGUGUUGGAAACAUUUUUAUUUGCAAUUAUUUUGUCUACCUUUACUACUGUACCUUGUUUGUGUUUGUUAGGACCAAACAUCAAAGCACGGCUAAGAGUUUUCAGUAGAAAUGGAGUUACAUCCAUUUGGGAGAACAGCCUUCAGAUCACUACAAUUUCUAGCUUUAUAGGAACAUGGUUUGGAGCCUCUCCUAUUCCACUCGAUUGGGAAAGACCUUGGCAGGUAUCGCCCAUCUCCUGUACGCUUGGAGCGACCUUUGGUUACGUGGCUGGACUUGUGAUUUCACCACUCUGGAUAUACUGGAAUAGAAAGCAACUUACAUACAAGAACAAUUAA